CAACAGUUGCUGCUUCAUUUCUUCUUCUAUUGCUCCCUGCGGCGGCUACGGUUGUACUCUUCUACUCGUCUCCUCCCCCUCCUCCUCUUCUGUUCAAUACACUUCUUCUCGCCUGGUACUCUUCUACUGAAGUGGAUCUACUCUCCACUAGUUCAUCUGGACAGCAAAUUGGAUUUGAAGAACUGCUAUCAGGCCGUGUGUAGAUCAAGAGCAACUACAAAUAAAGGUUGACAUAUGGAGGUUUGUAUGGAGUGUGAGAAUUCCAGCGAUAAAGAGAUGGAGACAGCCAAGGCUUGGCUGAGGCGCGCAGCACAAGCCCAUCCAAAACGUCCCACCAUUCAAAUCGAUUAGACACGAGUGCUGACUGACAUGCCUCUGCCGCCAGGAAGGCCUUCAAUGUAAUCCCGGAGCCAUGUACUGGUGAUUCCAUCAGUUGCCAUGGAUACUGUUCCAACAUUUGAAACAACUGAUCACUGCACCACUGUAGGCACCGGCAUCUCUUUUGAUUCGUGUACCGGUACUCCGGUAGUGCAGCUCCCAAUAAAGAAGGCUCAUUCUCUCCAACAUGAUUGCCUCGGCUUGUCUUGGAAGCAAAUGCGAUUACGUUCAUGGUGAUGGUGGAUGAUUACCACUAUUCGUCUUCAUGCUAAUAUUGGUGAUGGUGGAUGAAAUAAUUUACAGUGUGUUGGGAGCCUGUUCAAGUUGGUGUCCCGCUUUUUGUGUUGAUCCAACAUGAAUGAGCUUAUGGUGGUAUUGAGAAUGAACAUAUAUGGUGGUGGUACUGAGAGUUGAUGGAUGCUGAAGCAAUUGCCACCAGCAGGGGAGUGAGUGUAAUCUGAAUUCGGAGCUACCUGGCUCGCUGUGAGUCAAUUCAGGGAACGGAAAGAAGGGAGGAUGACGCGGCGUUUUGGCUCCCGGGGUCAGAUGAGUCUGGGAGUGAACAGUAAAUUCGUUAAAAAAUACUAAAAAAGUUCAAUUUUUUUGGUGAAAGAUGCUCGAGUGCGUGAUGUUCAUCAAAAUUUCAGAGUAUUUAAACAUCUGAGUAGCUCUCAACAAAAAGACAAAUUUAAGGUCUAUAAAAAAGUUUACUAUUUUGUGUUGUUCUAGCCUGUUUUUUUCCUGAGAGCUACUCAGAUGUCCGAAUGUGCUGAAACUUGGCACGGACAUCAUGCACUCAAGCAUCUUUCAACACACAAAAAAUCGUACUUUGGAUUUUUCUAAUAUUUAUUAUGAAUUUAUUGUUCAUCAGGUGUAAAUGAGCUCGAGCUCCGAAUUGGAUAUUCAGGACUGUAAGUUGUACUCCUAUGUAACAUAAAAAUGUGAGGAAAUCGGGAAAAUUAUAAAAUGAGAAAAGUAAAAAACUCAGAUUGAAAAUAGAAUAUUCUAGAAAAGACUGUAAACCACAAAUGGCAUAAAUAUUAGGGGAAGUAAGGACUUAUAUAAUAAAAUAAACAUGGGAAUGAUUCUUAAGCUUUCAAUACAGUUUAGUUAAUUUGCUGAAUUUCGCAAAAAAAUGCUGAAUUUUGUACAAUAUAUAAUACGUGUCCUUUUAUUCUAAAAAAAUGUGUCUUUUCUUGUUUUUUCCUUUAUUUGUUUCACAAUGUUUCUCAUCUGUCCUUUUCUAAAUCUUGUGGAUUAUACAAGUUUCUAGAUAUAUUAUUAAAUUUGGAGCAUUUGGUUUUGUCUCCAACUCCGAGUCUCACGGCUGAUUCGUUCCCCUCUCCUUAUCCCCUCGCUACAGUGCAGAGAGGCGACAAGGGAGGGAAUCACCUUCCCUUGAUCCGCCGCCAUCCAGGCCAGGUGUUCCUUCUCUCUCUGUCCGUCGUUUCAGCCAAGAGAGUGAGGAACUCCGUUCCUGCGGCCCCGACGUGUAGAUAGUCGGGUAGUUCUUCCUGGCGGUGUCGUCAAUGUGGGAGAAGCGGUGUCGCGGAGGAAUAAAGGUGUAUGCGCCUUGUCUCCUGCUCGGCGAGGCCCUUGUGACGUAGCCGGCAAGCGUCCGGCGGUGUGAGCCGACCAGGUGGCAUGCUCGGGGUAAGGUCGUGGCGGCGGAGGUGGUAACCUUUCUUUGGACCUUUUUUUCCCUCCCGCUCCAUCUCCGUCUCAAUGAGGUAUGCUCUGGCCUUGCUGUGGAGGAGGUGCAGCGACGUUCCGACGGUCUUCGUCUGGUGGCAUGUAUCACCACAAGAUUCAAGGUCUUGCCGGCUCAGGUGGCAGCGGCGCGUCUGCGUCUUGUCUCGAUGGUGGUGGUGGUCGUUUGCUGGUGACGAGGUGCUUUGUACUGCAGGUGAAACUUCAAUACAAUCUAGGACCUUUCUGCGAAAAGAGCUCCAAGUCUCAGAUUUUUCCGAAACAAAAUAUUACACGUUAGUGGAGGCUGCUUUUUCUUUUCUUCUUGUGGGGGUUAGUGGAGGCUGCUGCUAAUAAUGCGCGGAGAGAUGAGACGAGACGACCGCAAGUCGUUCAUUCCAGGUCCACAAAUACUCCGUAGUUUGUUUCCACUACUUCCUGUCUGCUUCUUUCUUUCUGCUCUCUGCGGCGACUACAGACUACAGUGGUCGCGCCGGUCUCUGCUUCUUUCCUUUGUCUCCGGUUCUCCGAGGAAAGAUACUACGGUGGUCUCCUCCCAAUCUGCGACGGCGACGGCGACAGCGCCCAAGAGUUCGAUCCAUUCAACGUAUGCUCAGCUCAGCAGAGGUGGAGAGUUGCUUUUCGGUGUUGGAGACGCUCUUCUUCAGCUCGCCCUCUUCAUUGAUCCAAGCCAGAACUGGAUCUAUAAUCUAUUCUCCAGUAGUUCAUCUUGGGCUGCUUUUGCUUGCGGAGGACUCUGCAAAUUGGAUUUGAAGGAGCUGCUAUUCAAGAAUUUCAAGCCAAAGACAAUGCUAUAGCCGUCUGUAGAUCAGAGAGCAAAGACAAAAAAAAAGUCGAGAUAUGGAGGCCGCUGCUGGGGCGUUGAGCCCUGUCCUCCGUAAGCUCGGUGAGCUGCUCGCCGGAGAAUACAACCUGGAGAAGCGAGUGAAGAAAGGUGUACAAUCACUUCGUACAGAACUGGAGAUGAUGCACGCCGUACUUCGUGAGGUUGGCAAGGUGCCGCCGGAUCAGCUCCAGGAGCCGGUCCGGAUUUGGGCUGGCAAGGUGAGAGACCUGUCUUGCGACAUGGAAGACGCUGUUGACGACUUCCUGACGCGUGUGGGUGAGGGUUCAGGCAGCAAGCCAACGGACAUGAGGAGUCGAGUCAAUAAGUUCCUCAAGAAGACCACCACAUUAUUUGGUAAGGGCAAAGCACUUCAUCAAAUCUGUGAUGCCAUCAAAGAAGCUCAGGAUCUUGCCAAGGAGUUGGCUGAGCUGCGUAAAAAGUAUGAGCUUGACAUGUUUAGCUCUACCAACGGUGCUACCAUUGACCCUCGCGUGUUAGCUCUACAAAAAGAUGUAGGGGAGCUUGUUGGACUUGACCGCACAACGGAUGAACUUAUUAAAACACUGAUUUGUGAGGACGGGAGUUCCAAGGAGCACUUGAAGACAAUCUCUAUUGUUGGUGUUGGUGGCCUAGGCAAGACAACCCUCACCAAAGCAGUUUUCGAGAAGAUCAAAGCCCAAUUUGAUUGUGCAGCUUUUGUCCCGGUGGGUCAGAACCCAGAUAUCAGGAAAUUUUUCAAAGACCUACUCUAUGGCCUCGACAAAGAGAAGUUCAAAGACAUUCAUAAUACAACAAGAGAUGAGAAACUACUCAUGGAGGAAAUCAGUGAAUUCCUUCUGGAUCAUAGGUACCUCGUCGUAAUUGAUGAUAUAUGGGAAGAAGAAAUAUGGAGAUUUAUAAAUUGUGCUUUGUGUAAAAACAAACUCCACAGUCGGGUAAUCACGACAACUCGUAAUGUGAGUGUGUCUGAAGCAUGUCUCUCUUCCAGCGAUGACAUGAUUCACCAAAUGAAACCUCUUUCUGAUGAAGACUCACAGAUACUCUUCCAUAGAAGAAUAUUUCAAAGCGAGGAGAAAUGUCCAGAAGAUUUGCAAGCAGUAUCAAGAGAGAUACUGAAGAAAUGUGGUGGAGUACCAUUAGCCAUCAUUACAAUAGCUAGCCUUCUAGUCAGUAACCAAAGGAUAAAGCAGAAAGAAGAAUGGAUGCAUGUGCACAGUUCGAUGGGCCGUGGAGUUACAGAAGGUGGUAUUGUGAAGGACAUGAAGAGGAUAUUAUCACUCAGCUAUUAUGAUUUGCCAUCCCAUCUAAAGCCUUGUUUAUUAUAUCUAAGCAUCUUUCCUGAAGACUUUGAGAUUAACAGAGAUUUGCUGAUAUGGAGGUGGCUUGCUGAAGGGUUUAUCCAAUGUGACAAAGAUGAAACCAGGCUGUUUGAGAUCGGAAAGAGCUACUUCAACGAGCUUAUGAACAGGAGCUUGAUCCAGCCAGCGGAAACCAAUUAUGAAGGAACAGUAGUAACUUGCCGUAUACAUGAUAUGGUGCUUGACCUUAUAUGCUCGCUGUCAAGUGAGGAGAAUUUUAUCUCCAUAUUGGAUAAUGCUCAGUGGCAUGCACCUAAUCUGCAAAGGAAACUUCGCAGGCUAUCACUUCAUAAUAUCAAGGCAAAGUGUCGGAACCAUCAGUUUGAUAGCACUAGGCUGUCAAAAGUGAGGACCUUUGCUGUUUUUUCUCCUGUUACCUGUGAUUGGUUGCCAUCUCUCUCAAGCUUUCAAUUUUUGCGUGUGCUAGAUCUUGGAAAUUGUGGCAGCCAUGAAAGUAGCUCUGGCAUCAGCCUCAAGUAUGUAGGGAAUUUAAUUCACCUAAGGUACCUAGGGCUCAAGGAUGCAGAUGUUCGCGAACUCCCUGUGGACAUAGGCAAGUUGCAGCUCUUGCAGACACUGGAUAUAGGAGGCACUAUUAUAGAAGAAUUACCUUCAAGUGUUGUUCAGCUCAGAAAUUUGAUAUGCCUACGUGUCAAUUAUAGGGUGAGGCUGCCAAAAGGAAUGGGGAGCUUGAUGUCCCUUGAAGUGCUGGAACAAGUAGGAUUAUCCUCAUCUCCUCACAUUGCGGAAGAGCUGAGCCAUCUGACAGAGGUUAGGACACUCAGUAUUGACUGUGCUAACAUGGACGAGGAUCUGAUUGAUAUAUUAAUCAAGUCUCUAGGCAACCUGCACAAAUUGCAAAAUCUGCGUAUUGAUGAUGGUGGCAGAUUGAUAAAUCGCAUGCGUGAAAGCUGGGUGCCCCCUCCAAACCUCCGUAGUUUUGAUUCAUGGAGCAUCUCUUCUUCUUCGUCGUUCCUGAGACUUCCAAAGUGGGUUAAUUCAAGGUCGCUUCCCCACCUCUCCCGCCUGGAAAUAGAUGUGGAAGAACUGCAAGGGGAUGACAUUCAGAUCAUUGGGAUGCUGCCUGCUCUUCGGUUUCUGCGGCUGCGUGCAAGUCGCGUGAUGGGAAGGUUGGUUGUGAGGGCCGAUGCAUUCCCAUCUGCGAGAUGCUGCAUAUUCUGGGAGUUUCUGACGCCGCCGUGCCUUUUUCCACCUGGAGCCAUGCCAGGGGUUCGGCAUCUUGAGUUCCAGGUAUCUGCGCGGUCGAUCGCGAGUGGCGAGGUUGACUGCGGCCUGGGGCACCUCCCUUCUCUCGAGCAUCUUCAGGUUUCUCUGUGGCGUGAGAAUUCCAGCGAUGAAGAGAUGGAGACAGCCGAGGCUUGGCUGAGGCGGGCAGCAGAAGCCCAUCCAAAACGUCCCACCAUGAAAAUCUAUUAGACACGAGUGCUGAGUGCUGACAUGCCUCUGCCGCCGGUAAGGGCUUGAACAAAAUCCUGGAGUCAGGUACUGUAAUUCCAUCAGUUGCUGUGAAUGUUGUUCCAACAUUCCGAUAGGCAACAAACAAUUCUCUGUGCCGUCGCCCGUCGCAGUCACCAACAAUCACUGUACCACCGCAGCUCCCAAUAAAUGAAGGCUCAUUCCCUCCAACGUAUGUUCAGAUUCUGGCCUUUGCUAGACGGAGGCCUCCGCAUGAUUGUUCAUGACAAACUACUGUAUUUGCUAUUCUUUCUGCAUAUGCUUUCAGAAACUAUUUGUCAAGACUCGUACAAUAAAUGGCUGCCUCUACGUUUA